AGGGACAGCCAUGCCCUUCUCAAACAGCCACAACCUCCUGAAGAUGAAGUACUCCGUUGACGAUGAGUACCCCGACCUGAGCGUGCACAACAAUCACAUGGCCAAGGUGCUGACCCUGGACCUGUACAAGAAGUUGAGGGACAGGCAGACUUCCAGUGGAUUUACGCUGGAUGAUGUCAUUCAGACCGGGGUUGACAACCCAGCAAUAUCAAAAUGGCCCAACUAAAUAAUCAGAGGCUGCCUCCCGAGGAGGAGUACCCGGACCUGAGCACCCACAACAACCACAUGGCCAAAGUGCUAACCCUGGAUUUGUACAAGAAACUGAGAGACAGAGUCACGCCCAGUGGCUUCACCCUGGAUGAUGUCAUUCAGACUGGGGUUGAUAAUCCCGGCCACCCCUUCAUAAUGACAGUAGGAUGCGUAGCUGGCGACGAAGAAUCCUAUGAAGUGUUUAAGGAACUCUUUGAUCCGGUUAUUGAGGACAGGCACGGUGGCUACAAACCAACUGAUGAGCACAAGACCGACCUGAAUGCUGAUAACCUGCAGGGUGGUGACGACUUGGAUCCUAAUUACGUGCUGAGCUCUCGUGUGAGAACUGGCAGGAGCAUCCGUGGAUUCUGCCUUCCCCCUCAUUGCAGCAGGGGAGAGAGACGGGCUAUUGAAAAGCUCUCUGUUGAAGCUCUGGGCAGUCUGGGAGGUGAUCUCAAGGGGAAGUACUAUGCCCUAAGGAACAUGACUGAUGCAGAGCAGCAGCAGCUGAUUGAUGAUCACUUCUUGUUUGACAAACCUGUUUCUCCUCUUCUGUUGGCAUCUGGGAUGGCACGAGAUUGGCCUGAUGCCAGGGGUAUCUGGCACAAUGACAACAAGACCUUCCUUGUUUGGAUCAAUGAGGAGGAUCACCUCAGGGUUAUUUCCAUGCAGAAAGGUGGCAACAUGAAGGAAGUGUUUACUCGCUUCUGUACAGGGCUAACACAGAUAGAAACUCUCUUCAAGUCCAAAAACUACGAGUUCAUGUGGAACCCACACUUGGGCUACAUCCUGACCUGCCCAUCCAACCUUGGAACGGGGCUCCGUGCUGGUGUGCACAUCAAGCUACCAAACCUUGGGAAGCACGAGAAGUUUGGAGAAGUCCUCAAGAGGCUUCGGCUGCAGAAACGAGGCACAGGUGGUGUGGACACAGCUGCAGUCGGAGGGGUGUUUGAUGUAUCCAAUGCUGAUCGUCUUGGCUUCUCUGAGGUAGAGCUGGUGCAGAUGGUGGUAGAUGGUGUGAAGCUGCUCAUUGAAAUGGAAAAACGCCUUGAGAAAGGCCAGUCCAUUGAUGACCUCAUGCCAGCUCAGAAAUAAAGCACUUUAUUCUCAUGCUUCCUAACUUAUUGGAUGAAUAAUAAAAUGUCACUCCAAUUUCAAACCCCUUGGGUCAGAGCCCACUUAGUUACACUGUAGAGAAGUCUUCCAUCCAUCUGUGUUAGAGUUUAUUUUUUGAUGGCUGAAAUGUUGUUGAAAAUGAAAUAAACUGUUGUUUUGGCCUGA